AUGGUCAUGAUAAGGUCACAGGUCAGAUGUCCAGAGUUAUUUACUGGAACCAAAGUGAACGAUAUCCGUCUAUAUAUCCUUCACUCUCAGUUUCUUCUGCCAUCUCUCUCAUUUUCUUCCUUCUUUGCUGCUCAAUUCCUUCUCUUAGCUAAGGGAAAAAACAUUGCUGAGUUGUUAGCUGGAGCGUUGCUGUCCUCUUCCCUUCAAGUGGCUUUUGAGAAAUUGGCUUCUCGUGAAGUUCUUGACUUCUUCCAUGGCAGGAAGCUCGAGGAUGGCUUGAUGAAAAAGCUGCGUACCAUCCUUCUGUCUGUGAGUCAGGUUAUUGAAGAUGCCGAGGAAAGGCAGUAUCAAAAUCAAAACGUGAAGCAGUGGCUUGACGAGCUCAGGGACGAAGUGUUCAAGGCUGAAGACUUGAUCGAUGAGAUUGCUACUGAGGCAUUGCGACAGAAACUGGAUGCUGAAUCGCAGACUCUGACCGGCAAGGUACGAGGUUGCUUUACUGCUAUCGUUAAUCAAAGGCUAUUCGAAAAGAACAUGGAGUCAAGGAUGAAGCAAGUACUUGAGAAUCUAGAGUAUCUCAUAAAACAAAAUGAGAUACUUGGAUCGAGGCAAGGCCCUCCUGCUGGCACUCCUCUUGGAGUGAGCAGGAAAGGGCUCCAGAGGUUGCCAACAACGUCUUUAAUAGAUGAAUCCAAUAUAUAUGGGAGAGAUGCUGAUAGAGAGAAACUAAAAGAGAUGUUAUUGUCACAUAACAUGAAUGAGAAUCAUCAGCGGCAUGUGGACGUGGUAGCUAUUGUGGGUACGGGUGGGUUAGGUAAGACAACCCUUGCAAGACUGGUCUACGAUGACAAAAAUAUGAAGCAUCAGUUUAAGCAUAGAGCUUGGGUGUGUAUUUCUGAAAAUUUUGAUCUCACCCUAUCCAUAAAAACAAUUCUCAAAGAGCUUGAUUGUUCACUAAUUGACCCAUUAGAUACUUUUCGUGAUCUUCAACGUAAACUACAAGAGAAAUUGAUGGGUGAGAAUUUUUUUCUCAUUCUUGAUGAUGUCUGGAACGAGAAUCAUCAAAUUUGGGAGGUCUUCCAAGCUCCCUUCAACCAUGUUUCUUUAGGGAGUAAAAUUAUUGUAACAACACGUAGUAAAAGGGUAGCAGAGGUCAUGCACUCUACCAAUGUAUAUGAUUUGAAGCCAUUACGACAUGAUGAUUGUUGGAAUUUAUUUGCAAAGUAUGCAUUUAAUGACCAGCAUCAUGUUGCUGAUCAAAAUCUUGUAGAAAUUGGUGAAGACAUUGUCAAGAAGUGUGGAGGAUUGCCUCUAGCAAUAAAAUCAAUGGGAUGCUUGUUGCGUACAGAAUCUCCUAGAGAUUGGGAGAAGAUUUUGAAGAGUGAUAUUUGGAAUUUGUCAGAGGAUGAUAGCAACAUAAUCCCAUCUUUAAGAUUAAGCUACCAUUAUCUACCUUCAAAACAAAAGCGUUGUUUUGCUUAUUGUUCUAUCUUUCCUAAAGAUUAUAACAUUGACAGGAAUGUUCUUAUCCAAUUAUGGAUGGCAAAUGGCUUGUUGCAUGCAAGUAAUCAAAUAAGAGAGAACCUUGAAGAAGUGGGGAAUGAAAUCUUCAAUGCUUUGGAGUCCAGGUCAUUUUGGAACCAUCAAAAGGAGGUGGUAAUUACUUCAUUAUGCAUGACCUUUUGA